AUGAUCGUUGGCCCGGACGGUACUGUGGCUCCAGGGGGGCCCCCAGUACCGCCCUUCGGCGUCAUUGGCCUCGCCAGCCUAGCCGGCCCGCCAGGGCCCGGCGGCGCUGGUGCCAAGGGUGCUGCUCCGCCGCCGCCAGGGCCUGGCGGCUUCCAGAUGCCGCCGCCGCUGCACCCGCUAUUCAAUCCGCCACCGGGGGCACCGGGUACGAUGGACGCCGCGACGGCGGUGCAGAUGGCGGGCUUUAUGGAGGCUGCCAACGCCGCCGCCGCCGCCGGAGGCGCUGGCGGCCUCUUUGGCGACCGGUUCCUGCCGCCGCCGCCGCCAGGGAUGCCGCUGCCGCCGGGAUUUCACCUGCCGCCGCACCCGCCGCCGCCGCCGCACCCUCACCCCAUGGCGGCCUUUGGCGCACCACCGGUGCCGCCAGAGGAGAUCCAGGCCAAGAUCCUGGAUCUGUUGCCUUCAGAUCCAGCAGAUGCCGUACAGUGGGACGAGCGGAUGGACGCUGCGCUGGACGCCGCGCUGGCGCCGCUGCAAUGGGUACGGGAUCUUGCCCAUGUGUACGGAAACCCCUGCGGCUUUAUGAUGGCCCAUCCCGAGCUCUUUGCGCAGCGUCAGGACGGCGCCUUCUACCGCUCUCCUCGCGCGGGCAGCACCGUAGGCGCUACUGGCGGUGGCGGAGCUGGCGGCGGCGGCGUUCCGGGUCGACUCCUGGGGAUGCCGCCGCCCGGGAUGGGCCCACCUGGCCCACCGCACACCCACGCGGCCUUCGUGAUGCCUGGGCUGGCAGGCACCGGUCUGAUGUUCGGAAACACCCAUUACUGA